AUGGCGUCCGCCGCGAGCGCCAUGUUCAGCAGGGGCAUCGGCAACAGCUCGAGCAAGGAGAACAGCAUGCGAGGACUGGUAUCCUUCAUAGCAGACCUACGCAAUGCUCGAGCCCGCGAACUGGAAGAGAAACGCAUCAACAAGGAACUGGCGAACAUACGGAACAAGUUCAAGCAGGGCAAUCUGACUGGUUAUGACAAGAAGAAGUAUGUUUGUAAGUUGCUCUACAUCUACAUACUGGGCUGGAACGUCGACUUUGGGCACUUGGAGGCGGUGAACUUGAUCUCGGCGAAUAAAUACUCGGAGAAGCAGAUUGGGUAUUUGGCUGUGACGUUGUUCUUGCAUGAGAGUCAUGAGCUGUUGCAUCUGGUUGUGAACAGCAUACGAAAGGAUCUGGCGGAUCACAAUGAGCUCAACAAUUGCCUGGCUUUGCAUGCGAUUGCCAAUGUGGGUAGCAAGGAGAUGGGCGAGGCACUAUGCGCAGAUGUCCACCGACUACUGAUCUCGCCCACUUCAAAGCCUUUUGUGAAGAAGAAGGCGGCGUUGACAAUGCUGAGGUUGUACCGCAAGGUGCCGAGUAUUGUUCAGCCAGAGUGGAACGAGCGAAUCAUCGCGAUCAUGGACGAUCCAGAUAUGGGUGUGGCGUUGUCUGUCACUUCCCUGGUGAUGGCUCUUGCGCAGGAUGACCCGGAGACGUACAAAGGAGCAUAUACAAAGGCUGCUGUGCGGUUACGGAAGAUUGUGGUUGAUCACGAGUAUAUGGGCGAUUACGUCUACUACAAAGUGCCGUGCCCGUGGCUACAAGUCAAGCUCUUACGACUGAUGCAGUACUUCUCGCCAUCGGAGGACUCACAUGUCCGACAGCUUAUGCGCGACUCGUUGCAGGCAGUGCUGGAUAACGCGAUGGAGAUGCCGAAGAAUGUGCAGCAGAACAACGCCCAGAAUGCCGUGCUAUUCGAGGCUAUCAACUUGAUCAUUCAUCUGGACACUGAGCAUGAUCUCAUGGUACAGAUCUCCUCGAAGCUCGGAAAGUUCAUCGGCUCUAGGGAGACCAACGUACGAUAUCUUGGGCUGGAAGCAAUGACACAUCUCGCUGUAAGAGCAGAAACACUGGACCCAAUCAAGAAACACCAAGAUAUCAUCAUUGCUUCGCUUCGAGACCGCGACAUAACAGUCAGACGACAAGGUCUGGAUCUACUAUACAGCAUGUGCGACAACACGAACUCGGAGAAGAUCGUUCAUGAGUUGCUCAAGUAUCUCCAAACGGCCGACUACGCAAUCCGAGAAGAGAUGGUGCUCAAGAUUGCAAUCUUGACGGAGAAGUACGCCACAGAUGUCAAGUGGUAUGUCGACAUCAGUAUGCGACUGAUCGCAAUGGCUGGAGAUCAUGUCAGUGACGAAGUCUGGCAACGAAUCAUCCAGAUUGUUACCAACAACGACGAGCUGCAAAUCUAUGCAGCACAGAUGACACUGAAGUACUGCCAGCAAGAGCACUGCCACGAGACAUUGGUAAAAAUCGGCAGCUACAUACUUGGCGAAUUCGGACACCUCAUAGCGGACAGCAAAGGCUGCAGUCCAAUCGAGCAAUUCAUGGCACUACAGGGCAAGUUCAACUCAUGCUCUCCCAACACAAGAGCAAUGAUCCUGUCAGCUUUCGUCAAGUUCGUCAACUUGUUCCCGGAGAUUAAGUCGCAAUUAUUGCAAGCGUUCAAAACAUACAGCCACAGUCUUGAUUCCGAGCUGCAGCAAAGAGCAUGUGAGUAUCUUACGAUGGCCACUAUGCCAACAGAUGAUCUGCUCCGCACGGUACUAGACGAGAUGCCACCAUUUCCCGAACGUGCUUCAGCACUGAUUUCGCGUCUGGACAAGAAGCAGAAUGCCAUCGGCGACAAGCGCACAUGGUCCGUGACUGGCAAGGACGGCCUACCUGGUCUAGACCGAAGCGCAACACUCAAGCAAAACUUCUCAGGCAGUGGCCCAGCAGCUACAGCGACGAUCAAUGGUGCUAUCGCAAACGGCGCGGCCGCAGCUACGAACGGGAGAAAUGGCACUUAUACAAAUGGUGGUGCCGUGAAGUCGCCUACAGAAGAAUUAGCCGGCCUCGAUCUCUCGACCGGCAGCAGCAUGCCAAACCUCGCCAGCGCGUUACAUCUCUCCCCUGAUUGGGAGCAAGGCUACAAUCGCCUUCUACUUGCACCAUCAGGGAUACUGUAUGAAGACCCACAAGUGCAAGUCGGUCUCCGAAGCGAAUACCGCGCCGAUGUAGGAUGUCUCAUCCUCUACUUUACAAACAAGUCGACCGCUCCGAUCCAGUCAUUCACGACCACACUAGACAAUCGAGCAGGAGAACAGCUGAAGACCGACGUCAAGAGUAUACCCGAUACGACGGUCCACCCUGGUUCGCAAAGCCAACAGAUGAUCAUGUUCGAGGCGCGAGGUGUCUUCAGUCUACCGCCUACCAUCCGUAUAUCGUAUAUCGCUGGCUCACUGCAAGCUUUGACGCUGCAGUUGCCCGUGCUACUCAACAAGUAUAUGGAGUCUGCCACACUAUCCUCCGACGACUUCUUCAAGCGCUGGAAGCAAAUCGGUGGUGCGCCGCGGGAAGCACAGAGGAUCUUCCAGGGUCACGAUGUAAGCUACGAUCAUACUAGGAGAGUGCUCGAGGGCCUGAAGUGGGGUGUUUUGGAUGGUGUAGAUCCGAACCCGAGGAAUUUCGUUAGUGCUACGGUGUUGCAUACCGGUGCGGGCAAGUUUGGGUGUCUGUUGAGGUUGGAGCCGAAUGCGGAGAAUAAGAUGUACCGGCUCACGAUCAGAGCUACAGACGAUGCGGUACCGCCUAUACUGAUGAAGGCGAUGGAGGAGCGUUUGACUCAGCCAUGGCCGCAAUAG